GUCACAUUUUCGGAUUGCACCGGGUUCGGGACCUUCUGCAUCCAACUCGCUGCUCACAAAAAACCAUGGCUCUUGCCAACGCGUUCUACAACACCUUCGUGAAGCGCAACAGCGUCUUCGUAACUUCUAUUUUCGCUGGAGCCUUUGCGUUCAACGUGGGCUUUGACGUCGCUGUGACCAGUUUCUGGGACCGUUGGAACCAGGGGAAACAAUGGAAGGACAUUCGUUCGAGAUAUGUCCAGGAGGAAUCGGACUCAUAGUUUCAUCCCAGUUGGCCAGCGACCUACUUGCAUAAUGAUUAUAAUUAGACUUCUUCCCGGAAUUGAGUUGUCGUUGUGUGCCAGAACGUGGACACCACGGGUUAUUUCAUCGUGACAAUUCGGUGUUGUCGAUGCGCUGAUUAGCGCUGCGUAUCUGCUUCCAUUUGCCCAUGCAGGCCGCACUCUGGCAGCUUGACACGAUCUGCCACCGUCUGCUAAUUAAACAUCGGGUCUCCUUCCUGGACUUCACUUGUGGGGGUACGCUAAAUCGAAAAGUGCAUCACCCUGCGGUGAUUUCAUCAGGAAAAUUCAGUGAUGUUG